UUUGAUGAUUCAAUUGUGCAUAUUAACUUUGAUCUGGAUGUUGUAGAUGAUACACUUGGUGCAGUUACUGAUAUUGAGGAGGCUGCAUACAUUGAAGCCACAAAGGUUAUCGUGAUAGAGACAAGAGAGGAUGUCAAUGCUGCUCAAGGAGAAUGAAACACACAGAGUCAACAUCUAAUGAAUGAAGAGAUAAGUUUAAAUUUUUAGCUCUUCUGUAGAGAUAGUUCUGUUAGCAUUAGUUUUUUGCAGUAAAAAGUAGGGGUAAUUUUUUUUUUCUGUGCAGCUUUCCCUUAGUUCUAGGAGUGAUUGAGUUUAUAAAUACUUAGUGUAAAUAGCCAUACUUAGUGUAAAUUUUUUGUUUUCUUGAGUGAUUACAUGCAUGCUUAACUUUAAUUCUGAUUUUGCAUUGAUGCUCUGUGAUGAACUUGCUCUUGGGAGACUUCAGACAUGAUAUAGGCAUUCUUUCUUUUCAUCCAUAGCCAAAUUAUCUUACCCAUUAUUGUUUCUGUCCAUUGCACCUUAUUUUGCUUUAGCCAUUUUCUUUGUUUCCAUUCAUUACAUCCUUACCAAAUACCUAACCUUUAGAGAGUUGUGAGAGGUAGGGAGGAUCUAGGAACUUAGUGAGUGCAAUAGAAAAGUAAGGCCAAGGGUGAAAAAGAAAGAAAAAGAAGUUGAAGAAUCUGGGUAUGUUGAAAAAAACAGGUCUGGAAAAAGAGUAAAUAUACUGAGAAAAAUGCAAAAGACCUGAACGAAGUUUAUAAACCAAAGAGGGAAAUCAAAGCUUGUGCCCAAGAAUCUCAUUUUUUUUCAUAAUUAACAAGUGUUCCACCUUUUUUUUGUUCUCUUUUUGUAUGAAAAUUUCACAGUUUCACCAAAAGUAUAGCUCACUAGAUAAACUUUGGUCANGGCCUUUAAUUUACAUAUAUAACAUGAUUUUUAUUUGAUGUGCAGAUGUAUUUCACAUCAAAUGUUUUCUUCUGAGUACAGGUUGGAGUGCAAAACUGUGAAGAGGAAAAGGGUUUUUGCCACCUUAAAGGUUUUGGGAACAGUACUUGAGCAGUUGAGUGACGAAAUUCCUGAUGAGGUCGUGUUCAUGCUUUCUUGUAUUUUCUGUAGAACACGUGGAUAUUCCUGGUAUUGCUCAUGACGUGUGCACUGAGCUUGACAAUAAGUUUGAUGAUAGCUUUAUGGAGUGUGUGGACUUAACUAUGGAUUCUGCUAUUAUCGGUGAGGAUGAGCCAACGCAGGUGUAUUCUAACCUUGAAAUUCUAGUUGCCUUAUCUGAGCUUCCUUUUCAGUAUAGCUCAUUUGAUUGCCUGUGCAUAGAUCCUUUAGAACCUGUUGCUAACACUGCAGUAGUUAUUGAUUCUAAGGUUCUUAAAGCAGCAUUUGAGAUUGGACAUAUUCAUACCCCUACUGAUUGUAUUGAUGUUAUGUNUCCAGCCUUUGAUUUUAUUGAAAAUUAUUCUGAGUUCACUGUUUACAAAGCUGCAAUGUUUGAUGAUCCACUUAUUCAUGGUGACUUUGAAUUUAGUGAUUGGCUUGCAGAAUCAGACAAAGAGAAUGCAGCAGAGACAAAGGCAGCCCUGCAAUGUGUAAUAAUUGUGUGUAUAACUUAUGUGUAUUUGUGUGUGUAUGUACAUGUGGGUUAUAUAUCGAUGUGUUAGUGUGAGAACGAAUUUGUAUGUGUGUGUAUGUUUGUGUACAGAGGUUGUAUGGAUGUUCUAGGAUUCAGUAAGGAUUUCUAUCUAUUAUUGUUUUUAUGUUUCCAGUUGUAAUUUAUCGUAGUAGUGUUUGUAGAUUAGGCCAUUGCUUUUCCAUUUAUUUGAAUUAGGAUAGAAUUUGAUGGUCUGGUUCAGUUUGUUUAGGCUUACUUUGAAUUGAACUUAGGAAUGCAUUUUAGAUNCUGUUCUGGAUAAAUUUUCUUUGGAUUAUGUUCUUGCUAAUACUUUGUUGGGUUAACAUGCUAAGUCAGGUUCUGUAACAANAACCAAAAUACUUGAAAGUGAGUUUAAUUUUUUACAGGAUGUCUUCCUGGAAAGCAUUUAGCACUCUUUCAUCCAAAUCAAUAUAUAUUUGCCUAUAAAUUAGGGGUAAUUUUUUUUUUUCUGAGCUGUUUUAACUUUAGUUUUAAAUUUGAUUGAGGACUUUAGUUUUAACUUUAGUUUCAUCCAAAUCAAUAUACAUUUGCCUAUAAAUUUNCCUCGAGGACUUCGAAUCGCGUUCGCACAGCUCCGACAGGUGUUNUCCUCAAGGCGUCUUCCAUCCGUUAAUUCUUGAAUGAUUCUUGAUAUGAUGUUGUCUUUGCUUUCUUUUCUUGUAUGAAGUGUUAAAUUCCAGCAUUUAUUUUCUUCGCCUAUUACUUUAUAAAUUUGUAUUGUGGUAGUUAGUUUUGUUGUAGGUGUCAUUAGCUAGAUUUUCACAGUCAUGAAUUGGUUUCUGUUAGUUUUGAUUGAGUGGACGAGAAUAGCUAGUUUAAGAUUCUGUAAUAGAACCGUCAAGACCCUAAACUAGACUUGCUCAUUGUCAAAAUGUCUUUUUGAAAAAGCUAUUGAGAUUCACUAUUUCUUUUAGAUUUUCUUAGGCUCUAUUUCUUUUAGAUUUGAAUCUGUUUUAGUUUGGUAGGUUCUUUUUGUUCAUAUUUCUUCUAGGGAAAAAAAAGAUAAGAUUAAGUCAAAUUUACAUUUUAAGUUAAGUCUUCCAUUUUGCUUCUCUUUAAGAUAGUUUAAUUGUCCAGUCCUUACGUCUCAAUGUCCANAAAUAGGUCUUAUUCACGGUCCUUGUAACGGAUCCUAAUCAGAUCUAAGUUCGAAGAGUUUAUUUUCUUGUUUUAUUAAAAUUGGUUUUAAGUGGGGUACGUGACGAUGUUAUACCCGAAUGUCUCUAUUAACAACAGGUUUUCCAGCCUAUAUACCCUGUGUACAUAUACAUAACGAACAAAAAGAAAAAGAAGAAAAGAGAAAGAGAAGGUAAAAUGCAAGAACGUAAAGCAGAAAAGUAACAAAAAAAUGAAANAGAAGGAAAUAACAUAAACAAGCUUAAAAUAGAAAAGCGGUAAAAAAAAUAAAAAUAAAAAUAAAAUAAGAACGAAAGAGAAGAAAGGUUGAGAGAAAGAACUUACAAGCGUGGAGGCAGAAGCAGAGUUUCUCUCGGCCGAGGUAUCGCUCCAAGUAGGCACUCUCACUCAUAUCUCACCCACAUCGGAACCCCCACUCUCUCAGGCUCAGAAGCUCUCGGACACUCACUCUCAGAAGUACUCACAAAAAAAUCGCAACUCCGCCAACGCUCUCUGCUCCUCUUUUUAUAACAAAAAAUUUUUCACUGUAGCUACAGUUCCGGUCAUAUUUACCGGAGGCUUUCAAUAGUACCGGUAAAUAAAUAAAAAAAAAGGGUAAAAUGUUUUAGGAGAGAUAUCAACUUAGUCGUAGUAAUUUGAGUUAGGAGAACAUAUGAUUUUUUUAUAAAGAAAAAUAAUAAAAAAAAAACAAAAAACUAGAGGAUUGUGUGAAA